GCUAUAUACCCCUGUAUGUCCUGUUCUAGGAAGGAGAGAGGGAGAGAGAGAGAGAGAGAGAGAGAGAGAGAGAGAGAGAGAGAGAGAGAGAGAGAGAGAGAGAGAGAGAGAGAGAGAGAGAGAGAGAGUGAGAGAGUGAGAGAGAGAGAGAGAGAGAGAGAGAGAGAGAGAGAGAGAGAGAGAGAGAGAGAGAGAGAGAGAGAGAGAUAUAAGUACGAGGUGUUGUACUCCCUUAGAACUGACCUGCCUAGGUUAUAACAAACAUAUCUUACCAAGAUA